AUGCGAUUCAUCGGCCCUCAGCUCUCUUCUCCCACCAGCCUGACGACCUGCUCCAACGGGCUCAGUGAAUUUGCCCGGCCCGACCAGUCGCAUCAGCCUCGGUACAUCAAUCUUCCAGCGGCUUCGGUCGGCGGCCAGCUCGGCCCGACGGGGCAACAGACUCAGCCGGUGCGUGCGGGCGGUCUGGGAGGCAACAUGGCUUUCUGGCACUCUUCGUUGCCGCUGGCUUUGAGCAGCAGUCUUUGUCUGAGCCCUAGUUCGGCCAGGACGACCAAAUUCGGCAUUGGCGUGAGUGGUUGCCAAGAGACUGGUCAGGAAGAGAUGCAGACGAGCGAAGCAGCAGAGCAGACGAGUCGAAGCCGACUGGCGGUGAUGCGAUCGUUGUCGAGUCCGUUGGGCAAUCUGGCCGAAGAGACGCAAGAAGAGCGGGAUCCGGAAGACGAGAUGACGCCAAUCAGUCGGAGCCGAGAAAGCAGAAGACUUGCGAGCAAUUGGACAAACGAGACGAGCCGGGCCACGUUGGAACCGAAAGAAGAGGAAGAAGAGGAUGAUGAAAACGACGACGAC